AUGAGCCUUUCUGCGAACUACGCGGGCUCCUGCAGCACCACCAGUGCCCAGUAUGUUCACCCGAACAGCCCGUCUCCAGGCCCCCGGCGGCCUCUCCAAGUACCUGCUGAGCCAAACGCUCAGCUGGUGUUCCUUGCGCGACUGGUGGACGCCGCCCGUGCUGCUGUCGGUUCCGGCCAAGGUGCUUCCGGAGCGGCCGUCCUAGGGAUUAGUAAGGACCAGCAGGCUGCAGCCAUGGAGGACCUCGCCGACGCGAUUCAGCAGUGCAACAGGGACGCCUGGGUGCGCACUUUUCCACUGCUGAUGGUGGAGGUCAGCUCGUGGAUUCAGCAACCUGCUUGCGGUGUCCGCACAUGGGCAUUUUGGCUACUUAAGGAGUUACUGUUGCGCCAGUCUCACCUUUUCACAGAUAACAACCUGGAGAGCCAGCUCAACCUCUUGCUGCAGGGUUGUGGAGAUCCCCAUCGUGAUGUUGUGAUGACAGCUAGCCAGGCGCUUCAGAUCUUAUUGUCAAUCUGCAAUGAGCACCACGCUAUGACACUGCUGCAGCACCUUGUGCAACGUGAACGGGAUUCGCACCUGCGCUCGCGUGACAAAGGAGCGCGCUUGGUUGCAGUUCUGGAUGGCACGCGACAAUUGAUAACCAGGCUUGACCGUACUGAGCUGCAACGCCUCGCUUUCCAGCCGCAUCCUGAGACCCGCACUUCGCUGCUAGAGGCCCUGGUAGCAAAUCUGUCGGAUCCGGAAACAUGUGUGCGGAGAAGUGCAGUACUUACCACGUCGGGGCUCUGGUACCGAUUGGGCCACAGGGUGCGCGACGUCAUUCAGGUGCUGGCCGCAUCAUCAUUUAACCUGCUCUGCAUUUAUUACCUGAAGCUUCACGGGGUUGCGGUCGAUGCCGGACAGCAGGACGUUUCCCAGCAUCCAUUGAUACAGGGGCCUAGCGGCGCAAGGGAAUAGUGCAAUGUCCGGGAAGGCCGCGCGGGAUGAGCAGGUUGCGUUUUGCCUAUGACGCUUAAGAUCGGGGCAGUAAUGGUGGUGUGCACCGGGGCAGUAAUGGUGGUGUGCUACUCGAUCGUGUAAUAGCACCUUAGUCUCUUGGUCCUGGCAGUCUAACACAGAUUUGCGUCCCUUGUUCAUGGGCGGCUGUACUUCUGGGGCAAUAUUUGUAUGCCUUCAUGUGAGGUGUUAUGCAGGCGCAGUUGCUUACGAGUCGUGGUGAUUACAUGGACCACAUAUGCAAUCGUUGCGUGAAAAAUAAUCCACUAUCGGACAUCCCAGAAGACGUCUAUCUCAUGGCCAACGGUCUCACACCACGUCGUUUUGUAACUGUAACGCAAG